UACGAUAUUUGAUAUUUGAAAAUAACGAUUUAAGUGUUGUAAAACGUAACAAUUGAAGUGCUGUCAAAUUUAACAGAUUUUAACAGAUGCAGAAAUAGUAUAAGACUUAAAGUCAGAUAAAUACUAAGAAACUUAAGGCUAAAAUUAUGCUGGACAUUACUUCAAGCAGCAAACUGUAGUAUUUGUGUGGCUUGAGCUGCGCUAACCAAAUGAACAGCUGCAAGUCAGAGGUUUUAUUUACACCAAAAACGACAGGCACAAUCAACGAUGUCGACAGGAUGGCAGCAGGGCAACAAUAUGACAGGAGCAUCAACAGAAACAGCAAAAGAGCUUGAAAGAUUAGUGAGAACGCACCAGGCUGGCCGGGACAUUGUUUGGAUUGCAUAAACAAACGGCGGCCCAGGCACAGGCCCUGUACGGCACACGGCACAAGGCAUCGGAUAGAGCAACAACUUUCCAGUGCUGGGGCUAUGACAAACUGCCGGUCAAAUUUAAUAUUGGUCUAUGCCGCCUGGUCACAUAUAUUACUUAGUUAACCCAUACGAAUACAUUGUGAAUCAUAUGAACGACUGGAACUCAUAAAGUAUUCAUUAAUUGGAAACGCGCGCGCCUGCCUAACUGACCAAUUGCCGAGGAUUGUAGCUGGUAAAAACCGAACCAUUUGUCAAAUUUGAAAUUCAGUCUCGUUUCGGACGUUCGGGCAGCAGAACCUGCAUAUAUUUGUACCACACAGUACCGCAAUCGCAGCCACAAAUCAGAGGCAAUAUCACGCUUUAUGGGGUAUGGUAACGGCCAAGCCUGAAAUAACCGGCGCUAUGUAGUAAACAAUUUUCCUGUGCGUGUUGCCAACGAAAAAUGUUAACGUGUCGCCCAGAGAUACCAAAAGAGCGAAACCACAUACAAUAACAAAUACGAAAAAAAUAUACAAUAUAAAGUUCUACAAAAAAAAAACAAAAAACCAAAAAAAUAUAAAAGAAAACAGAGUCUAGCAAAAUAAUAAGAGUGCAUAUAGUUGAAACGUUGGUGGAAAGUUCCAUUUGAUUUUCAUAACCAAGCGCACUGAACUCUCACCCUCUCUCAAUAUAUGCGUUAAUUGAGUGGGGCACGAGUGGAAAAACAGGCAAAAGACAUUGCGAAAAUUCAGCUAUACUGGCCACCGAAUGGAUAAUGGGUAUUUGUUUAGACACAGAUGCCAGCGCGGCACAAGAUACCGGCGAACCAGGCAACGAUUGGAAUCAUACACGGAAUCGAAAUGGCCCAAAUGCCGGACCUGGCAGCGUUAUGGCACUGAACGGCAAUGGGCGGCUCGGUUCGGGCAACAUCGCUGCUAUCGAUAUGCAAAAUGCUGGAAAGAUCAAAUUCGAUCCGCCCAAGGUGCCAGUGAUAUUUGUUUUAGGCGGCCCAGGUAGUGGCAAGGUCACCCAUUGCGAUACUUUCAUGCAGGAGCGACGCGGUGUUACGCACAUCAAUAUGAUGGAUCUGCUGCAGCAAUAUGCAAUGGGAAGUGAUAUGCAAGACUUUUCGCAACUGUCGUCGAAAACAGUCACCGAGGUGUUGAUGUUGGAAAUGAAAAUGGCUCCAGCUGCCAAAGCAUACCUAAUAUCUGGAUAUCCACGUUCCAUGCGCGACGUUGUCGAAUAUUCCGAGAAGAUACAAGUCGUAAAUGGCGUUAUCCUAAUAUCCUGGCGCCAGUCGGUGCUGCAGAAACAAAUCGAUUAUGGCGCUAAAUUAGGUCAUGUUGUACUCUCCUUAGCCAAAAUGGAAUUGGAAAAUUUCUUUAAAAAUGUGAUGCCAGUCGCUGAUUAUUUUGAUCAAAGCGACAUGCUGUUGGCCGUAAAUGGCGAGCGUGCGCCUACAGAAGUGUAUAAAGACUUUCGCACCGCUGUGCUUGACAUACUGAGCACGCUCGAGAAUCAAGAGGCCAUACUGAAUGGAGUUACAGACCAAGUCGUCGCACCUGUGCCACGUGAGCGCAAUGUCACAAACGCUGUGAUAUCUCACAUAGCCGCCAAUACGGUCACAGCUGCAGCGACUCUCAGAACAGGCGGCACCAGUGCGGAUGACGACAGUGGCGUAGUUGUCACCCAGCAGCCGAAGCUGACUCAUGCCGGCAACAGCAUGGAUGCCAGCGAUGAACCGGAGCCAACCAUACCGCCCAUUAUUUGGGUAAUUGGCGGUCCGGGCAGUAACAAGGCCACACUGUGCUUAAAGGCGAUUAGCCUGAAUCCGGGCUGGUCGCACAUCAGCGUGGGUCGUCUACUGCGCAACAUUACGGACACUGCGCCACGUGCCAACACCGAGAGCUAUGCCGUCAAAGAGGCUCUUGCUGCUGGCGAAAUGGCCCCAGAGAAGUCGCUGAAUCAACUGCUGGAUAACAAUAUACGUCAACUGCAGGAUAAAUCGGGCAUUAUCAUUGACGGAUAUCCACGCAAUCUGCAGCAGGUCAAAUACUUUGAAAAUAAGUACAAACAACGUCCACCCACCAUACUAUUGGACUGCUCAAAAUUACAGCUGGGUCGGGGACGUAUAGACGAUACGGUCUCCUCGUUUCGACGUCGUCUGGAGCUAUUCCGUGAGCAGACCUUGCCUAUGCUGAAGACAAUGGACAGCAGCAAUCGGUUACAGAUUGUCGAUGGCGACACGGACAGUCCCUCCGUACAGCGCGAAUUCGAGCGGCUUAUACGGAAUCACAUUCAACAGUUGACCAAUAAGCUUGAGGGCGAGGAUGCCUCCGAGACGCUGGGCAAUCACGUGAUGCGCAACGAACAAACGGAUGCCAUACUGCAUGAUCUGGAAACGAAUGUGCCGGGUGCGGUGCCCACGAUCAGUCAUCAUGUUAGCAUGAUGAAUGGCCAUCUGAAGAGUCGGGGCAGUGCUCUGGUAAGCGCUAAAAGACCCACACAAAUGAUGAACGGACAUGUGGCUGGACGACCUGGCACUGGGCCGGUAGCGCCGCUUGCUCAACCCGUCGAUUUUCGCCACAUGCUCGAGGAGGCCGAACGCUAUCCGGUGGAUUCGUAUAUGUAGCAUCGGACGAGUAUAGGAUAAAGAAGAUCUUAUUAAAGAGUUUUAUAGUUUUUAUAAGCGGAAUUCGUUAGGCCCAAGUUCUAUUGUUAAUGUUGUUUUGUUGGUAUUUAAUAUUUUAUAGAAUGGCGCCACUUAGCUGGCGGUUUUUGAUAUACUUAGUAUUUAAUAAUGGCUAAAAAGAAUUGAGGCCAAUUUAUUUUCAUUGCAUUCAAGUUUGAAUAAGUUUAGUAGAUAAACACAGUGACAUACACCUUAAUAACUCGUAAGUGCCUUCACUAAAGGUUUCAAUACAAUUGAAGGUAGCAUUACGAAUAGCAAAAAGCUUAGAGUGAAAGAAAAACAAACUUAUUUAUAAC